GUCGUUGCAUGCAAGUGAUAUUUCUACCAUUUCCUUAGUGUCCUUUUCCACCCCAUGAACGCUACCAUUAUGGCAACCCGCCCCUUCCGCCGUCGCUCAUCAGUCCACGAACAACAGGUGUCUCACCAUUUUAAAAGAUAUUCAUGGGAAGCACCUCCGUCAAAGACUAUCUACGCUGGUCUCUCAGUUUUGUUCGAUGAUGAUGGCGCAACAGUAGCUAUUGCGAUUCGUGAUGCGACCUAUCUCCUUGACUUUGUUCAGGACGACCUCACCGCAGACGGGGAGCAAUCCCUUUGCACGCAGAUCGUUGAUUAUGUCCUGCAUAAUUUGCGUCAAUACAGCGAAGAGCGCCUCGAGAAGUUCAUCGGAUUGGCCAUGCCGACCACCGUGGCGAAGAAAUGCUCGACUCUCUGUUCCAAACUCUGGGGGGAACUUGAUAUCAUCCCAUUGGUCUUGCCCGAAGAAAGUAGCGUCGGCAGUGACAACGUCUCUAACCAUCCUAUUCGCAAGUCCACAGGCUGGGAGAUCAAGAGUGUCGAUGAACAAGCGGAGUCCAUGGGACGGAAAUGUGUUAGGCUCUUCGGACCGGAAAACAUCCCCUUGUUGCAAGUCGGGUUCCUAGGCUUGGUUGAGGUUGACACUGCUUUUCACGUGCGGUUGACGAACCUAGAGGAUUUUCAAAAGACUGUCACUCCAAAGACCUGGGAUGCGGUUCAAUAUUAUGCUUCCGAUCUCAAGAAGAGAAAGACCAGGGUCGCGUUCUUCAGCGCCACACCCCAAGGUGGUGGUGUUGCUCUUAUGAGACAUGCUCUUGCUAGAUUUUCCUAUUCCUUGGGAACCGAUAUUAGAUGGUACGUGCCCAAGCCCAGACCCGGGGUUUUCCGCAUCACAAAGACCAAUCAUAAUAUCCUGCAAGGAGUCGCAGCUCCAGAUGAGCGCUUGAGCCAGGAGGACUGGGACAAGGUCAUUGAUUGGAUUGAUGAAAAUGCAAAGCGCUACUGGCUCAGUCCGGGUGGCCCUCUGCGUCAUCCUUCCGAGGGAGGUGCCGAUGUGAUUAUCAUCGAUGACCCACAGAUGCCUGCCUUGAUUCCCAUUGCCAAGAAGAUGGCACCCGACAGGCCGAUUAUCUUCCGAAGCCAUAUCCAGAUUCGGAGUGAUCUUAUUGCCCAGAAAGGCUCGCCACAAGCGGAAACCUGGGGCUGGAUGUGGAAGCAGAUCCAGCAGGCGGACCUCUUCAUUAGCCAUCCUGUGAGCGUCUUCGUUCCGGAGGAUGUUCCUGCUGAGAAAGUGGGAUACAUGCCUGCUUCGACCGACUGGCUGGAUGGGUUGAACAAGAACAUGCAAGACUGGGAUAUUGCCUUCUAUGGCCGGAUUUUCAACUCGAUGUGCAGGAAUUCGGGCAUGCUCACGAUCAACUUCCCUGAGGAUGAGUACAUUGUCCAGAUUGCCCGAUUCGAUCCUUCCAAGGGUAUCAUUGACGUGGUGGAAUCAUACAAGAAGUUCUAUCAACGCUUCACAGCCUCUAUACCCGACAGCCAGCCACCGAAGCUAUUGAUCUGCGGACAUGGCUCCGUUGAUGACCCGGACGGAUCGCUGAUCUACGACUCUACUUUGUCGCACAUUGAGAACAACUGCUCCGAGAUUUCCGAUCAUAUCUGCGUCGUGCGUCUCGGCCCUUCGGACCAGGUGCUCAACGCGCUAUUAUCGAAAGCCAAGGUCGCUUUGCAGCUGUCGACGCGGGAAGGAUUCGAGGUCAAGGUGUCUGAAGCCAUCCACAAGGGUAAGCCAGUGAUCGCCACCAAGGCUGGAGGGAUCCCGCUGCAAGUGGCCGACAAGAAGAACGGAUUCCUGGUUGAAGUGGGCGACACUGAUGCCGUGGCGGAGCACUUGUAUCAACUGUGCACGGAUGAUGAACUGUACGAGCGCAUGCACAAGUACGCCUUGGAGCACGUAUGCGACGAGGUGAGUACGGUCGGCAACGCGUUGAACUGGCUCUAUCUCGCUUCGAAGCUCUCCAAAGGGGAGGAAGUCAAGCCAAACAAGCGGUGGAUUAAUGAUAUGGCUCGCACCGAGGCGGGACAGGAGUACACGGGCCAAGAAGACCGACUGAACCGGUUUGACCUGUAGUCGAGCAGUGCCAUGCAUGACGAAUGUUUUUCAUUUCUUUUUUGUUUGUUUUUUUUUUUUUUUUUUUUUUUUUUUUUUUU